AUGGCUAAGUCAGGUAUUGCUGCUGGUUUAAACAAGGGUCACAAGACUACCGCUAAGGAAGUCGCUCCAAAGGUUUCCUACAGAAAGGGUGCUUUAAGUAAGAGAGCUGACUUUGUCAGAAACAUCGUCAAGGAAGUUGCUGGUUUAGCCCCAUACGAAAGAAGAUUGAUUGAAUUGAUCAGAAACGCCGGUGAAAAGAGAGCUAAGAAGUUGGCCAAGAAGAGAUUGGGUACCCACAAGAGAGCUUUAAGAAAGGUUGAAGAAAUGAACAAGGUCAUUGCUGAAUCUAGAAGACACUAA